AUAAAACAAGAACACUAUUACCCUAGGAUCACGGAAAGAGAGAAAGCAUCAGAUGCAAGAGUUCGGCAUCUCCCCAUCAUCUCUAAUGUUCAAUACAGCAGUGAUCAUCCCAGUCCUUCCACUCCAACCACGAUUAUAACUAUCACCAUGCAAAAAGUCGGAUCGCUUGCACUCCUCUUCGUCGUCCAGAAAACUUCUCUGGUUUGUGGCUUCGCAUCCCCGCAGAUCGUUGCAGAACGACAGCACGAAGCUGCAUUCCGGCAUCAGCAUGCUUUUCGGCUGUCUUCUUCUGGUGCUUCCUCAACAUCGGAAAUUCGUUCCGACUACAGCUACGACACUCUGUUCGAUUUUGCCGAUUCGGAAAAAGGGGCAGAUGCCGUUUCUAAGUUCGACCGCAUCGACGACGCAAUCAUGGGUGGGAUUUCCACCUCCUCCCUACGAUUAAAGAGUUGCACAGAAGCGAAUGGGACUGAUGAUUCCUCCUAUGCAAGCUGGUCGGGUGUCUGUAGACUUGACGGAGGCGGCUUCUGUGGUACCCGGACACUUCCAUUCGUCGACGGAAAACCACUCGAGGUGGGUGCCGACAAAGAAGGCUUGUUCCUGGUAGUCAAACUGGCAAGCGACGACGAGCCGGAAAGACGUGUCUGGAAAGUCACAACCCGAAACCUGAACAAUGCUCGGAGCGAGCAGCUAUACCAGGCAGAAUUCCAAAUUCAAAAGAAGGAAGGAGGAAAAUCCGACAGCGGCUGGGAGACCAUUCGGGUCCCGUUUUCGAGCUUUGUGCAGGUCCGCGGGCCAAGGGUGAUCGAAAACGGACCUCCCCUGGACCCCACGGGGGGUCUAUUCCAGAUUGGUAUGAGUUUGUCCAAGUUUCAAAUCGCCAGCAAUACCACGGAGCUUCCAAACUUUCGUCCCGGCUACUUUGAGCUGCAGAUUCGAGAGAUAGGGCUCUAUGGAACCGCAAGCAGCAAGGCGGCACAAGCAACAACAUCGAACAUACAGACGUUGACAAAGAAGGAAGCCGAGCAGCAGCGACCUGCAGCAUUGAAAAUUUUGCUUCCAUUGUUGAAAUUGUUUUUUAGCGAACAAAGGUGAGGAGCUGCAAUUUGAUUGAGAUACCUUUGGCCUGGAUGAAUGAUUGACUGAUUAGCGAUCGAAAAUUGCUGAGUACUACUUCCGUGUUGACUGACCCUAUCCAUUCCACCGUAUUAUACGGUAUGUCAUGUCUGUAUUUUUUGACGAAUGCGGCAUUGAACUCAUCUCGAUAACUAUAUCGAUUUCGUUUCUGUGAUCAAAUUUCGAAUGUAUCUACAAUUUAUGUGUUUGAUUGCAUCAAUGCAACUUCGUAAAUAUUUCACUUUCACCACCCGGUUGCGUGCAUAACUACGACCCACAACAUAUCAUUCGAUCUUCUACGCUUCUACAAAUUUUCUGAUUCAGAAAUCGACAGAAAUCGGCUACCCGGCUUUUGAAAGCCCGGGGCCUAAACCAGUUGGAGAUUGCCGUGUUCGGAAUCCGACGGAAGGCAACUAGCAAGGGAAUGGUUUUGGCCCUUGCAGACUUUUUCAUGCGAUUGUCAUCGACCACAGUACGCCUUUCCUUAUUUUGGACGCUGAAAUUGGCUCUCUUCUACCCUCUCGUCACGACACGCAAGAUCGCAAGGAAAUUGGCAGCAGUUUUUUCGAAGAAACCUACGGCCCAAGGAAGCGAUGCGCUCGGCAGCGAGUAGAACUAACAGCGUUAGUAAAACAUCGGCCUUCCAGUGGCUCUAGAAAUCCUUGUGAUUAUUCAUUUUCAAGAUCGCAGUGCAACAUGUAAUACUUUUCACUUGAUGAGUUUUUGUGCGACGGAGAUAAAAUAACACAAUGUACUACAAGCAAUCCUUCUGAAAGACUCCUUCAAGGUUUGAAUAUUUUACUCUAAUUUAUGCAGACUUUUACCACUAGGUCGUCGCGGGGACGACGCCUUAUUGAUUUCGACAAGGUCUUUAAUUUUCCACCUUAUACAAAACGCAUCAAUUUACUGAUACAUGAAUAACAUCAAGGCCGCAAUCGCAUACCAGCAAGAUGUCUGGAGUCGUGCGCCUUCCGACAAAAAUGAGCUCUCAGUCUCGAAGUUCUGGUCUUCAGCUAUGUCCUCCUCGAAGCCACCAGGAAGCAAUACAGUAUCAACCAUAUGAAUGACACCAUUGCAUGCUUCGAUGUCGGAUGAUACAAUUCUUGGUCUCAAUUCAUCGGUAUUUCCUCCACCUUUUUGAAACACUGGAUAAUGGUCUUCGCAUAUGGUACGACUAUCUUUUCCAGAUGCCAUUCGCAACAAAUUUUUCCCAGUCCCGUAUCCGCAGUGCAUGUCAUCCAAGUACAUGGCUCCGUCGUGGAUACUGAAUAGAACAAUUUCGCGAAG